AUGCAAACACCAGCCUGGCAAGACCAGAGGGCCCAUUUCCACCAUGCCCUUAUCUACAUUGACGAAGAGGGCAAACUCCAUGUCGAGGGGUCCCCUUCUAUCUCCAACCAUUACGAGAGUAUUUUUUCCUCAAGAGUCAUAGUCGCGUUCUUGAAAGCAGUAGCAGGGUCAUUUGGAAGAGACCCGCCACAUCUUCCGCCGGAGACGCCAAUGGUACAGAAAAUGGCAUAUGGGGGGUCGACUGCAGACCAGCUAGGCUUCAGAUCACUCUCGAAUCAGAUUCACUAUGGCACAAGCUAUCAAGAAGCCGGGCGGAGCUUAGAGAUCCCUAUUACCUCAAGAUUUUCGGGACAACCCGUAUCAUGGCCCACUCAGCUGUUUUCUGAACAGGCCAUAACAAUGGGGGGCUUAAGGCAAAAUAAGCGUGGGUCAGACUUGCAAACCGUCAUCUCGCUCCGAGACACAUACUUUCUUCGCCGCUACUAUGCGAAGGUCUUCGAGAAUCUUCAGCAGACAAAUUGCCGGCUCAUUGCAAAAUUCUAUGUGAAACUUGUUGAGCCACGUAAGCAAAUCCUCUAUCCCUACAACGGUCGAAAGACUGUGGCAGGUAUAACAUACGAAAUGACUCCAAACGAGACCAAGCCACCAUGGUGGCCGUCUGGAGUGCGUCACCGAGAGCCUGACCAUCUUCAUAAAGCUGAGCGUAUCAGGCUUCUCGUUCACAUCCUCUGUGAAUUGCAUAGCAGUCAUAGAGUCACGGCGCGAAAACUAAAAGCUGCAGAGCAACCCGUGCGGGAACAGAUAUUCCCGAUUGAACGUGUACAACUUCUGGACGAGUUGUAUUAUGUCAGAGAAAUGGAAGAAAAGCUUCUCACAUCAGAAACCGGGGAGCCGAGGGUUUGUAUAUCAUCAAGGAAUUUGCCUGACUUCGAGAUUACGACUGCCCAAGACCAAGCGAGAAGAUAUCUCUUAGUGAAUGGGAAUCAGGAACCUGAAGGCACGCAUAUCCUCCUAGGGUCAACUGAAGGGAGCAAUACCUUAGCCCUGUCGCAGGAUUUAUAUGCUAUGGCGAACAACCCAACCCAGUGUGUCAACGGAGAUAUCGCGGUGAAUACUGUCUUCGAUACUACGUCCCCGCCUAUACUUCCUUCGAGCAAUAAGCGGAAUCAUACGUAUCUUGAGACUGGUGAUUUUCCCACAAUGAGUGCCAUGCCAUUCGCCUGCUAUUCUUCUCCACAUGGUGCUUCCUGCCUCACGGCCCGACCUUUCGUGGAACCAUCAGGCUCUCUGUUAUAG